UUGUCCUGCCGGGGGACUUGCUUCCACGCGGAAAGAAGGUUCAUAAUCUUCAAGUCGUUCGAUUCCAAGCGUUUCUGAGUCAUUAAGCCCAAAAUGAAAGACUCUUUCUACCCAAAUAUGCUGUUUAUGCUGCUGCUAUUGUUGCCACUGACGGUAGCUCUGCCAAAGAAAGGAAGUCCAAAGGUAAGACUUGAUUCUACUUCCGAGCUUUUACCUACCACUUCUUGGGACCAGUUGCGUCGUAGCCAAAUAGAGGAACACGAAAAUAUCGGCCAAAGUGCAUGGCGAAAUACGAUUGUCUCAAGCAUAUCACACAGGAGUGGAGCCGCAGAAACUAUCCCAGCUAGGACCCAACUCUUAACCGACCAUGGGAAUACAACCGCAGAUAUGUGGGGAAAGAACAGUUUCCGCCAUUCGUCUCUCACUGGCCUGGGGGAGCCAGUGUGCCAUCUCAAGCUGGGCACAGGGAGCGGCCUAGACCAGUAUCAUCUGGAAGUGGUGGGUUCUCUGAGCAAUUAUGAACACAUCUUCUUGGAGGCCGUGAAGCAGUCUCAUUGGAGACUCCACGAUUUGGCCACCUUUGGUAUUUGCCCUCAAGGAAAUGCAAAAGUAUUUCUCUCAUUGCGACGUUUGGGAGCAUGGCUUACAGAGCCAAGUCAGCAACAUCUCGUUGUACUUCAUCUUGAGGAAGCAAUAUGGAAGUUGGACCUGGAGUUAAGGUUCUGGGAGCCACAAGAUGCAGGUGGUUCUGCACUGUUAGGUGACCUGAAGCUGGCAUUGCUGGUAUUUUAUCCAGGACCGAGGAGUCAAAGGUUCAAAUCUGGUCAAGAGUUCACAGUCACUGGAGAUGGGCUGCAACAGGAGCAGAGCCUUUGCCUUUCCAGCAACACUCGCUUCCUAGUCCUUGGUGUGGAAGGGAAAUUUGGGGGCUGGCAACUCCGAUCCAGACUUUCUUUGACACUUUGGCCCCUCGGCAAUGAUGGGCUGCGUCUGUCUACUUUGGAGCUCCAACCUCUACUAUUUGGUUCUGAUGACAAAUGCUUCACAAGGAUGACUCCUGUGCUGUUUCUGCUUCAGCAGCAGAAGCCACUUAGAGAAUUGCAGCCCACACCCACUAAGGAGUGGCUACAAAUAACACCAAAUCCUCCACCCAGCAGGCCAACUCCAGACCCCAAAGAGGUAUAUGGUACAACUAUGUCCCCUUCAAGCCUCUCAGACCAUUUUCUGAACACCCUGAUGUAUUUGGUCCGCACUGUUCUGAACUCUCCAUCUGUCCUGCAUAGCCCAACCCACCUGCAUCUAGAUCUGGAUCCCAAAGCCCUGAAGGGCUAUCCUCAGCAAUUCUUCAAUUUCUCAGAGCCAGAUGCUCUAGAACAACUGGUGAAAUCAGAGGAACCACUCUUAUUGCAGCUCCCAGCUGAUAGUCAGGCUCUGCUGGAAAAACAAGCAGAGCAGUGGCAGCCUAAGCAGGAACUAGUUCAGCUUCUCUCAUCCAGACUACAAGCAGUUGUAGCAGAUCUUUUGGAACUGCCUGCCUUGCAGCCCCACAUAAUGCUUCUCCAGAGAUUGUUAGACUUCUGUCAGAUACCCAAAAGCAGCAGCAGGUCCCAGGAUCCUCCCUCCCAACUAUAUGCACUGUUGCUUCUCAAAGUCCUGCAAAGCUUACGGGCUGAGUGGCAGGAGCGCUGGAAACUGUCUCGGGUACAACGCAGUGUUGAGAAUGAGGAUCGGUGUCAGCUGCAAGAACUGACUGUGGACUUAAGCUUAGAGCAUUCAGUGCUAAUCCCUGAAACGUAUGUGGCCAAUAACUGUCAAGGCCUCUGCAGUUGGCCUCAAUCUGACCUCAACCCCAACUACAAUAAUCAUGUGGUGUUAUUGCUCAAGAUGCAAGCACGAGGAGCAGAACUGACCCGGGGACCCUGUUGUGUACCCAUCACCUAUGCAGAGAAGACUCUCAUCAGCCUCUCUGAAGAGGGACUUAGUGCUCGCCUCAUGCCUAAUAUGGUGGCUAUUCAAUGUGGCUGCCGUUAGGCCCCCCAUCUCCUAAUUACCCAUUUUAUACUACCUUGAUUUUUUUAGACUCAUAUCUCAACUAAUGUCUCCUCAA